AUGACAGUGGUCUUCAUCACGGAGGAUACUGAAAAAGCGAUAGUGGUUCAAGAGGAAUAUGCUUACAAGGGAAGUCUUUGGAGACGCGGCUUUCAAACGGUCUAUGAAUUCGGUUAUAUCAACGCAUGUCUCAACGAUGGAAGUCCCGAUGCUCCAGCACCGACAAUGAGCAAUUUCCGAUUGUUUGGCGGAGCCAUCGUCCUGAAGAAAAUAUCUGAUAACACCUCGUCAUACCUCAUCAAACGUGUUCAACUGAACCAGAAAUUUGACGACGAGUGGUUGAAGAAACAGACAGAGGACUACGCAAAGGAGUGGUCCGUACUGAAGAAACACCAGAAGAGAGGAGAAGAAAGCAAGGUUUGCAAACCACGUGGCCCAGACGGUGGAGUCAAGAAGAAGUUGAGAGUAUGGAACAUCUUGAGACACCUGACUGGAAUCUUUGCCCUUGCCAUCGGAGAUGAAUAG